AUGUAUCGCCUAAAGAUGGAGGUUGUUACGGCCGUCGCGGCGUGGGCGCUGACCUCGGCCUGUUCCAACUUGCCCGUUACUUGCAAUUGGCACAAUGGCCUCUGCUUGCGAGGGGAUGACUUCCAGGAGCUGGGAGGCAAGCUCUCCAACUCUGCCAAGGUGUACUUCCCCGGAUCGCAUGGGUUCAAGGAAGCAUCGACUCGCUGGUCGGUUCUGGAGGAGCCCAAGGUGAAUGUUGUUGUGAUUCCUGGCACGGAAGAUGAUGUUGCGGAGACGGUCAAAUUCGCAAACAAGAAGGACUUGCCCUUCCUUACGUACAAUGGCGCACACGGUGCCCUUACCUCGCUGGGCAAGAUGGACCACGGCAUCGAGAUCAAUCUGAGCCAGCUGAACAGUAUCGAAGUCGCCGACGAUGGGAAGACGGCCAAAAUUGGAGGCGGCGCCAUGUCCAAGGCUGUUACUGAAAAGCUCUGGCAAGAGGGAAAGCAAACAGUCACUGGAACAUGCGAAUGCGUUAGCCUUCUCGGGCCGGCGCUGGGUGGUGGACAUGGCUGGCUUCAAGGGCACCAUGGCCUUGUCUCGGAUCAGUUUGUCUCCAUGAAUGUUGUGCUUGCCGACGGCAGCAUGAAUAAGAUCGACGCGCACUCGGAUCUCUGGUGGGCCAUGAAGGGCGCUGGGCACAACUUCGGCAUCGUAACCUCGCUCACCACCAAAGUCUACGAUAUAAAGCACCGAGACUGGGCGAUCGAGACGCUCACUUUCAAGGGUGACAAGGUCGAUGCGGUUUACCAUGCCGCCAACGACUACCUCUUGAAAAAUGGCUCCCAGCCUGAGGGUGUUAUCAACUGGUCGUACUGGAUGAACAACCCAGACGCUGACCCUAAAAACCCUGUUAUUCUCUUCUACAUCAUCCAAGAAGGUGUGAAGGUCGUCGACCCAGCCUACACCAAGCCCUUCCACGACAUUGGACCACUGUCCGCAGAGCCCCAGAAAGGAACCUACACCGAUCUCGCUGGAUGGACUGGCAUCGCCACGACAUCCCCGCCAUGCCAAAAAGCUGGGCUCGCCAACCCCCGAUUCCCCAUCUACUUGGAAACAUACAACCCCCAGGCCCAGAAGAAGGCGUACGAAAUCUUUGCCAGGGCUGUCCGCGGCUCCUCGGCCUUCAACAGCUCGAUUUUCAUGUUCGAGGGCUACUCGACACAGGGAGUCAACGCCAUUUCGCCCAGCUCGAGUGCAUUCGCUUUCCGGAGCGAGCACCUCCUCGCCGCGCCGCUCAUCACCUACAAGCCUGCCGGUUCAGAGAUUGACCGCAAGGCUGCGCAGUUGGGCCAGCAGCUUCGCCAUAUCCUUCACCAGGCUAGUGGUCGCCAGGACUUCCGCGCCUACGUCAACUAUGCGCACGGAGAUGAGACGACGCAGCAGUUGUACGGAAGCGAGAAGUGGCGCCAGAGCCGUCUGCAGGGCUUGAAGCAGAAGUACGAUCCCGCUGGCAAAUUUAGCUUCUAUGCGCCCGUUGCAUAG